AUGGAUAUAGCUUUGAAAGAUUUUGAAAUUCCAUCAGAUUUAAUUAAACCUGUGGGUCCACUUAAUAACGCUGGAGGAGAAAAUCAUAUUAAAAAGAGGAUAUUUUUUAAUUCCCCUGUGGCUGAAAAGGAAAUUGGAAAAUUUAAAAAAAAUGACCCAAAACUUCGUGAAUUGGAAAAAGAAGCCAAACUCAUUCAUAAAAUUUGUACUUGUAGAUUUGUCCUUACUUUUUAUGGAUUUAUCCGACAAAACACAAGUUAUAGUGUGAUUUCGAAAUGGAGUGAAUAUAACCUACAAACUUAUCUUGCGGAAUACCCGAAUAUGGAAUGGACUAAAAAAUUAUCGAUCGCUAGUGGAAUUGCCAGCGCGCUAAACUUUAUUCAUAAAGAAGAUAUCUUACAUCAUGACAUUAAAAGCGGCAACAUUUACUUAAAUGCUUGUUUGCAAGUGAAGCUUCAUGGUUUUCGCGUAGCAGAAGGUUCAUCGAUUUCCCCGGUUAUGUUAGCUUCAGCUAGUGAACCGACAGAUCCUAGAUGGACUUCCCCUGAAAGGUUUAAAGAUAAUGAAUAUACUAGUGCCAGCGAAAUUUAUAGUUUUUCCUUGGUUCUUUGGGAAAUCAUUAAUCAUAAUAUUCCAUUCCACGAUGUGAAUUACGAUUUGAUAAAAAACAAGGUUCUCAACGGAGAACAUCCGCAACCCGAGAAAACCAACGGAACACUUGUUGAAUAUCAAGAAAUAAUGGAAAAUGGACGGGAUAUAAAUCCAAAAAAACGUCCAUCCGCCAAGCAAAUGUUUGAAGUAUUAAGUCAUUUAGAAUCAAAAGAAUGGCUUGGUCAUAUGCUGCCUAGAAUUGGGGACGAUGAUCUUUCGCAGUCCGACUUUAAAACGUCGGCUUUUUCACCAAUGAAUUCCAAAUUACUUGAAUUUCCAAUUUCAAGAUUAACAGAUUUAGCAUCAACAACAGAUACUUGUAAAGCGGUAUUGAAAUUGUUUGAAAAUGCAAAGCGUAAUAGAGAUCUUUUUGAUAGGAGCGUGAAUAUUAUUAAGGUUGGGAAGGUCAUGCUAAAUGAAGUUAAACAAACUAUCGAUCAAUCAAUAAAUCUUUAUUGGAAAGAUUACAUUGAAGAGUCUUCAGCUUUACAAAGAUAUAGCAAUUAUUUAUUGAAUAUUGAGAACGUUAAAGCUUUUAUAGAAGUUGAUAAUGCAGAGGUUCGACAAGAAAUAUCAACGUUAAAUGAUGAAUUAGAAAGCAUAACUAAUGAAUUACACAAAUCGGUUCAACAUUGGAAAUCCGAAUUUAAUAGAUGUAGAGUGUCUAAAGGAAAAUUUAAAGCGGCUGCUAAAAUGUUGAUAUUAUAUAAAACAGUUUCGCCUCAACCUAUAAUAGAUUGUGAAAUCCCAUCAUAUUUUGCUGACACAGAACAUUCAUCUGUUGUUCUUGGAAGUAAGAAUCAUAUUAAAAAAGGGCUUUACAUGUACAGUGCUUCCGUAGCCGAAAAGAUAGUUGGAAAAUAUGAAAAGAAUGAUCCAAAACUUCUCGAAUUGCGAGAAGAAGUUGAUUUUCUGAAAAGUCUCAGUGAAUGUGAAAAUAUACUAAAGGUUUAUGGACUCGUUCGUCGAAACACUAGUUAUAGUGUUAUUUUGAAAUGGGGUGAACAUAACUUACAACCUUAUCUUGCGAAGAACCACAAUAUGGAAUGGACAAAAAAAUUAUCGAUCGCACGCGGAAUUACCAAUGCAUUGAAAUUCAUUCACAAGGAAAACAUAUUACAUUAUGAUAUUAGAAGUGAUAAUAUUUACUUGGAUAAUCGUUUACAACCUAAACUUUUUGGUUUUCGUAUUGUAAAAGAUUCGCCAAUUAUGAUGACUUCAGCUAAUGAGCCAACAAAUCCAAGAUGGACUCCUCCUGAGAAGUUUCGUGGUGAAAAAUAUACUAAUGCCAGCGAAAUUUAUAGCUUUUCCUUGAUCCUUUGGGAAAUCAUUAACCACAAAGUUCCAUUCCACAACAUAGAUCCUGAUGAGAUUAAAAUCCAGAUUCUCAAUGGAACACUUCCACAACCUGAAACAAAUAAUAACGCACCAGUCAAAUAUCAAGAAAUAAUGAAAAGAGGAUGUAAUUUUGAUCCAAGAAAACGUCCAUCAAUUGAAGAAAUAUUUAAUGUGUUAAAUGAAUUAGAUUCAGAAUGGCAUAAUGUUGAUAUCGGAGAUGAAGAUAAUAAUUUUCUUUCACCAAAUGCUGCAUUUAAAGAUGAUGCUUCAUUUGAAGAUAGUGAAUUCUCAUUUCAUACGGAUUUUUCAAAUUCAAAUAAUAGUACAUCCGAUUUAAAUUUAAAUGUUACAACACAUUUUGCGAAAAAACAUUUAACUUUAGAUAAGUUUAAUCCAUUUCGCAAACAUUUAGAUAUUGAAGAUGCGAUUAAAUUACAUAAUGGAAGACAAUACAAGAAGGCAUGGAAGUUGUUUAAAGAAAUCGAGAGAAAAACUGGGACAAAUGAUGCAAAAUUUUGUGUAGGAUAUUAUUACCUUAAAGGUUUUCAUGAAGGACGUGGCGGCAUAUCAGAUCCUGACACAAGUUUAAAAUAUUUAUAUCAAGCAGCGAAAGCUGGUCAGCGUAACGCUCAAUAUUGGUACGCUGAAGUACUUUUAAAUUCAAAUUAUAAAUUAAAAGCUCAAAAAAUUGAUAGAGACCAUAAACUUGCGAUGGCAUUUUUGGAGGAGGCCGCAAAACAUGGUUGUGUUUCCGCCCUGAGAGACUUGGGAGAAAUUAAGAAGAAAGGGAAGUAUGGUAGCUCUCAUGAUCGUACUAUUGGAAAGAAUAUGAUUAGAAAAGCUCAUACUAUGAGUUUACUUUAUUCACUAGAUAGUUUAAAAUAG